UUCUGCUGUGUGCCAGCUGCGAUUGGCUGACACUGUUGUGUGUCCGCUGAGACUGGGCGAGUGUGAGAGAGAUGCAACGUUAGCAUCCAUUGCGGUCGCUCUCAAGGUGCACAACCCGGGCGCGAGAUUGGAUAACGUGUUGUUAAUACGGACUGCACCAAUACUGCCACGGCCUGUCCGUACUCAUUCCGUCACGCAAGAGGAUGUGUGUUUAAAGUUUAGUUGGGCACUUCAGUCGAAUAUUGUUUGAAAGCCAAAUAGUAGUUAUUCCCCUCUGCAAACAGUCACAUCUUGUUAUUCCGGAGAGGCAGGCAGACAAAGUUUGUACAACAUUAUAAUAUAUAAACAUAAUAUAACAAUAAAGCUCCCGCGCGCGCGAGCUAACGCUUUUCCACGGGAAUUCUAGUGCGCUGUUUCUGGAAUUGCGAAGCGGAUUUUCCUCGAUUGAAGGCGAAAUUUUCCGCAGCGCGCGUAGCUUAGUCUUUUUGCGAAUAAACCAGGAGUUUCUGUCCGAUCGACGGGCGGUUGAAAAAAAAGAAGAAGAUAGGAGUGAGUACCAACGUGAGUGAGUGGCUGCCACGGGUGUUUCGUUGUGGGAGGCGGCAAUUGAAGUGAAUUUUGACGUUUCUGAUGCUCCCCGACAGACCGGCCAUUUGGCGUAUGUGAAAAAGUUACGCUCAGUGUGGUGGUUCAUUGGAGCACUUUCGGGGGAUAUUUCGGCACUCAUACAGACGAACAUUCGACCGCACGCACGACGCAUCCAACGCAACGGAGUCCUUCGGGAGGCAGCAGUUGUAGUGGUUGAAGGACGUAAAAUCCCGAACCGGAGCAGCGCCGACAACGACGACUACGACGACGUCGACAACGCGCGGUCCGAAAGAGAGUGCCAUCGACUGAAGCGCACAUAUUUGCUUUUUCAAUCAGUAAAACGACACUGGUGUUUGGGUUGCAACGAGUCAACAUUGAACCGAGCUAAGGGAAGGAGCUGCUUCCAAGCUGGUGUGGCACCCAGGAAAACGCUUAAGCCUUAAUCCUCAAGAGUGUGACGGCGACGUCGAUGACGAACCUGUUGAAAUUCCCCCCAGGAUUCGAAGUGUGUACGUAAACGAUGUUUGCUAGCUAAAGGCUGACGAAAACGAAGGACUUUUGCCGUUCCAGCGACGGAGCGGGUGCUAGUUAAGUUUUUGUGUCCACACAAAACUCGGUUUCGAACAUCUCGACGGUGACCAGGCUUUGACGCUGGCCGAUUAGUGCUCGGUAGACUCGUUCUAGUGUGUCGUUCAAGAUCCGGCCAAGUUCCGAAGUGACGGUUUUCGAAGCAGUGCAAGGAACAGAAAGGAACGGACGUGGUGAACUGUUUGUGUUUAUUAUUGAAUUUUAAACAGAGUCUUGGGCAGUGUGUCCUGUGUGACAGGAUCCGAAUAUCGAAGGAAUACCCCAAGUGAUAGGUGUGUGAAUGCAUAGCAAACAACAAAAUGCUCACCGUAGAUAACGACUGACCCGUUGGGAGGUGAUAAACUAUUUUGGGUGAUUAAACUUGCCGGUGAAGAGGAAUGUGAAUCGAAUACUCGAAUACUGAGAAAUUGAGCGAUUGAAUGAGAUGAUUGAUCUAGUGCUGGUCGAAAAAUUUGUAUUCGAAAGUGAUUUUGAUUGAUUUGUUUGUAUGCUCAGCUUAGGGAGAAACGUAGCAAACAAACUAAGAGCUUGUAGUAUUGAAGUAUUUUAGGAAGACCCAAAACGAUUACUCAGUGAAGUGAAAAUGCAAAAACUUUACCCGGAAACGUCCAUCAACAGUACGAGUAUGGCCGGCGGAAAUAUGAGUCCUAUGACGUCGACGUACAGUAUGAACAGCAUGGGAAUGACCGUCGGCGGAAUGUCAUCGGUUUCUCCGCAAGGUGGUACCUUCGGAGCGUCAGUGCUUGGCAAUCCCGGAAUGGGAGGAAUGGGAGCCGCUAUGAAUUCUAUGCCCGGCAAUUGCCUAGCUUCGACUCCGAUCGGUUACAGUUCAAUGGGAUCGCCGAUUCCAAAUAUGGGCUCUUGCAUGGGCGGUAAUAGCAUGAGUACAAUGUCUGCUAUGGGUGGUUAUUCAAGCGUCGCUGGCAGUCGAGAAGUACUUGGAGACCCGGGUUCUCCCAAUUCGGCAGCUUUACAACGGGUACGGACAGAAAAACCGGCAGCCAUCUACCGAAGGAAUUACACCGCCGCUAAACCCCCGUACUCGUACAUCUCUCUGAUCACGAUGGCCAUCAACAAUAGCCAGAAUCGCAUGUUAACUCUAGCCGAAAUCUAUCAGUUCAUCAUGGAUCUGUUUCCGUUCUAUAGACAGAAUCAACAGCGAUGGCAAAAUUCGAUCCGACACUCGCUUAGUUUCAACGAUUGUUUCGUCAAAGUGCCCCGUACUCCGGACAAACCCGGCAAAGGUUCCUUCUGGACGCUGCAUCCCGACUCGGGUAACAUGUUCGAGAAUGGCUGUUACCUUCGGCGACAGAAACGAUUCAAGGACGAGAAGAAAGAAGUUCUUCGCUCGAUGCACAAAAGUCCCUCGCACAGUCUGGGAGCAACCAGCCCUGACAAAAAGGACUCUCACGAUGAUCAUCACCAUCACCAUCGGGAGCCGAAAAUAUCGUCCGAUACGCACGGAAUGUUGAAUGCCGCUCAUGGCAAAGAGGUUGACGCCUUGGCCAUGCUUCACGCCACCACUGAUUUAGCCUGUCUGGCUCAGCAAUCUCACCCGCAGCAUGGUUCCCAUCAUCAGCAGCUCCAGCAAGAGGAAUUGACCGCCAUGGUUAACCGGUGCCAUCCGUCGCUGCUUGGCGACUAUCAUUCGAUGCAUCUGAAGCAGGAACCCUCCGGCUAUACGCCCUCUAGUCAUCCGUUCUCCAUAACCCGAUUGCUGCCAGCCGAGUCGAAAGCGGACAUCAAAAUGUACGACAUGAGCCAAUACGCCGGUUACAAUGGACUUAGUCCACUGCAAAAUUCGCACGCGGCCGCGGCAGCGCUCGGACAGGAUUCCUACUAUCACCAGAGUCUCGGUUACCACCAUUCAUCCGCUGGAACUACCAGCUUGUGACAUCAGUAUCCGUUGGCAUAAGUGAAGCUAAAGAACUACUACAACUGCAGCGGCGGUAGCAGCAACAGCAACACUCAUCCGAACGCCAACAUGCACCAGUUUACCCAGCCGACGGUCGGUGGCGGCUUCCAGCAUAACGGUAACCCAAUCAGCAGGCCCGCCUGCCACAGCAUUUCCGACACUGUCCAUCAUUUUCAAUUCUAAACAGCAAGGUAAUAAAGUUUGUAAAAUAAACCUCCCACGCUAGGAUAGAGAACAGGACAAAAAAUAAACACUGUUGUUGUACAUAGCAGACGAAGAGAAGUGUAGAUAGAAAGAGAGUGAUCAGUUUGGUUGGGUUGAAUGAGCUUCCGAAAAUUUUUGGAGUGGUACCACGCGCCAAAAACGCGCCCUCGCACGGCGAUCAAGCGAAACCGCAAGUCACCUUUCUGGGACUGCCUCAUUGCUUGCCCAUGCUCAGCCAGUGUUCGCAACAGUGUCCCAUAUGAUAGUUGUUUACAAGUAACGAGACCCAAUUGAUAUAGCAACAUUUCUGAACCGCCUAUUGACUUCAAUCGAUCGAUUACCAUUCACCGCUAGAUUCCCUCUCGCAGCUUCCUCGUAUAGCCUGCUCCCAACGGCUACCGACGAGCUUGGAAUCAAUAAAGCACGCAUCCAUUUCCAUUAUGGAAAACAUCACCGAAGCGCGUCUUCAAGAGGGCUACUGAACAACUCGAGUCUCAGCUCGUAAAGGUCGGGCUUUUAAUUGAUUCUCUCGUUCGUUUGCACGUUCGUACUUACGUACCCUACGUACAGGUUUCGAAAUAAGCACACUUCAUCUUGUUCCGCGGUUGCCCUCGCCCGUCACCGCUUUUCCGCUGGUUUCCCCCCUGCCGGCCCGGUGACCGGAAUGAAUUGUGCCGCAAUGAGACACGUUCGUUGUCUUUCGUUGGCUGCGGCGUGGCGGCUGCUGACUCCUCAAUUGAGGUCAUCACCGUUUUCCCCGUUCCUCGCGCCCGUCUGCCAUUGCUUCUUUCUCGAAUGUCGCUGGAAUCGAUCGUCACCGGCCGACGGACGGCGCGGCCUGCGGUGGAUGCUGAUCGGCGGUUAGAAAGCUUCCUACGUACAGACAACCCGGCCUAGGGUGGUUCUGUUUGCUGUACGCACCGUGGUGAACGUUGAGGUGGAUUAGAACGGAGUAUCAUCUUGCUACGGCGAUGCCGAUGGUAUCAACGUACUGCAUAUUAUUACAAGCCUAUUAACAAAGCGGAAAUUGUUUAACAAAACUUGAAAUGGUGCGAAUCUGCUUAAAAUGUGUUGUGAUUUUUCCUAACUUUUUGAUUUUUUCUAAACUUUAAAAGCAUCUAAAAUAGCUAAUCUCAAUCUAAGAUAGCUUUGUUACUUGUCUUCAAGUUCCGCUUGACGAUAGCCCAAUAUUUUUUUAUGGGUGCUCUGGCGUGCUGGGAGGAAUCUUGCCUUUAGGUACAACUUGCAUGUAAUUGGCGGUAUAUCACUCCAAAGCCUUAGUUCCGUAUUGGCAGGAUGCCAAAUCCGGCCAAAACAGCACGGAACAGCACGAUGUUGUUUCGAGAAUGGCUGUGAAUAUUUUAUUGGUUAUUCGUUUUCAGGCAUUUUCUGGUUUAUGGUUCCAGUUGUAGCGAAAAUACUUUUUCAAGCCACUGCUAGAAACAUCCUGCUAAACCAAAUAUUACUUCGACAGAUUGAUAUGCUUGGAAAUUAUUUCCAGUUGCCAUAUAAAACUUCUUCCCAGCAAGCUUUUAGAAAUCUGCCUUGACGCAGAUUUGGUCUUCCUUCACCAUGCAAUCGUCAGUAUCCGCUCUCGUUUUUUAAGUUUCUUGUUUUUUUCUAUUGUUGAGAUUUUACCCUUAUUUCGUAUUUCGAACGAAUGUGAAUGUUAUUCUUCAUUCCGCCAGCGAAAUCAAACGGGCAAAACAAAUCGUUCGAAACAAGUCGAUCAAAAUGCAAAAUAGGGGUGUUAGUAAGUAACCUUCUUAUAAAUCGACAAAUCGGCUCUUUCUGUAGCUCCAUGCACGGUUGUAGACGACACUCUCAUCUUGUUUGCGACAUCUUGAACAGAGCGGUUGAGGUUCCGCGUGGAAGCUUUCGAUUUCCCCCGAAUCCAAGCUUUCUGACUGUCGACAACCGUUCCUCAAUUGCUUUUAUUACGAUGGUGACGGUUGAUUUGGCCACUUUUAAUGAUUUUCCCAACUCAACGUGCGAGAAGUUUGGAUUUUAGCGAAACGCGAGUGAAAUUUUGAUGCGUUGCUUCUCUUACUUGGACGCCAUUUUCAUAACUAUAGAGUAACUGCCAGAAUCAAAAUAGAGGAACCCGAAUAUAUCCGACACUGUGGGUAAAACCCACACCCCUCGGUUUUUUAAGUUAUAAGCUGUUUUUUUGCAAAUCGUCUAAAACAUUCUGUUUACACUUGUUAUUUCUUACAUUUCGAGCAUUUUUAUACCACCAAAGUUCCAUAGCUAUAAAAAAACAGCAAAACAAGACCGGUAAGCAGUGAAGAAACAGUCCUUGUAUAAUUUCGCAAGUGGAAUUUAAGUGUUUUAGUAGGAAAAAUUUGUAAAAAUUCGAUGUAUUUUGCAUCCUUGAUUUAUCAGCGAUUAUUCUUUAGUCUGCUUUGU